AUGACGGUAGAUUGCGAGAAAUUGGCAGAUGAGAUAUUGAAGCUAUUAAAUGAUAACGUAACAGAAAGAUACAGGAUAGCCGUUAUGAUUGUAGGGUUUCCCGGGUCGGGGAAGUCGACAAUAGCGGCUAAAAUACAGAGUAUUAUUAACUCAAGAUUCCAAAAGUACCUAAAAAGUAGGAGAAACAGUUUGAGAAUCAGUUCAAAUAUUAAAGAUUUAGUGAUCGAAGCUGAUAUCCCAAUAGCUUCUGAAGAUUUGUUGGAAGAAGUCCGAACGGGAUUCUUCUCACAUGUUGAAGACGUCGAAUUUACGCCUACCAAGUUCACAGAUGAUGACGGUUCUACCGUAAUAUUUGGCCGAGGAGGGUUACCAAACUCAAUACGUGUUUCAACUGAAGCAUUAGAUACAUCUUCACCUAUUGAGGUUGCCCAAAUAGUUCCUAUGGAUGGUUUUCACCUAUCAAGGGCUCAUUUAGACCAUUUUAAAGAUCCAGAAACGGCACAUAGACGUCGAGGAGCACCUGAAACUUUCGACAGUAACAACUAUUCACAGCUCUGCCAUCUGCUUGCGGGAUCUUGUAAGUUGAAGCCUAGAAGCAUAUCAGAUACAGGUGAUUUGAUGGAGGUCCUAUGCAACACGUUUGAGGAAUUGCCCUCUAUAUAUUACCCUGGGUUUGAUCAUACUACAAAGGAUCCUGUGCGUGAUCAGCACUGCAUAAAUGGGUUUACCAGGAUUCUCAUCUUUGAAGGACUUUACUUGAUGUUAAACAAAGAAAAUUGGGCACAUGUGCACAAGGCGCUGUCAAGAUCUGGACCAGUUCUGGUUUACAAGAUCGAGGUAGAGGAAGAUAUACUUGAAACUCGGGUGUCUAGCAGGCACUUGGAAGCGGGUAUAGUAGACAGUAUCAGGGAUGGAGUCCAAAAAUUCCGGGACAACGAUCUACCAAAUGGCAGACUAUCGAUAGCGCACGCUCAUGAAGUUGAAAAUGUCACCGUAAUUAGAAAUGACUGA